AUGGACGUGAUGGAAGCAUUCCGUAGGUCCAUACAGACUUGGAGGACUUGGGUGAUGGAAAAAUUGGAUCCUACAAAAAGUCAUGUUAUCUUCCGUGGCUAUUCCCCAGUGCAUUACAGGAAUGGAACGUGGAACAGAGGAGGUCUCUGUGAUGCAGAUAAGGAACCGGAAACAAAUUACACAAAGCUGGAACCAGAGCCCUUGCAUAAUAAAUACAUUUCAGAUGCAAUCAAAAAUAUGGAAUAUGGAAACAGAAAAGUUCAGUUCUUGAAUAUAACGUAUUUGACUGAGUUCAGGAAAGAUGGUCAUCCUUCUUGUUAUCGAGAGCCAGGAACCCCUCCUGACGCUCCUCAAGACUGCAGCCAUUGGUGUCUACCUGGAGUUCCAGACACAUGGAAUGAGUUUCUCUAUGCUCAGCUACUGUCAAUGGGAUAUAGAACUAGGUGA